CGCGCGCUAUAAGAACACUGCAUGCUGCGCCAAGCUGCAUCAAUAAUCCUCGAGAAGAAGGCGGAUAUUUCUACGGAGGAGCGAAGGAGAAGAAACUAUGAGAAGAAUUCUAGCUCUGGCGUGUUUGCUGGCCUCGCUGAUAGCGCAGGUCCCAGCCGGCGUGGAGGACAAGGAAGACGUUGGGACGGUCAUUGGGAUCGACUUGGGCACGACCUACUCAUGUGUUGGAGUGUACAAGAAUGGUCGUGUGGAUAUCAUCGCUAACGACCAGGGGAACCGCAUCACCCCCUCCUACGUCGCCUUCACUCCCGACGGAGAGAGACUCAUCGGGGACGCGGCCAAGAACCAGCUCACCUUGAACCCCGAAAACACUGUAUUCGACGCCAAGCGGCUCAUUGGACGAACUUGGAACGACCCAAUGGUCCAGAAGGACAUGAAGCUCUGGCCGUUCACCAUCAAGAAGAAGAACAACAAGCCACACGUCCAGGUCAACGUGAAGGGAGAGGAUAAGCUCUUUGCCCCAGAGGAAAUCUCUGCCAUGGUCCUGAUAAAAAUGAAGGAAACUGCCGAGGCGUACCUCGGUCAUGAGGUCACCCACGCCGUGGUAACAGUCCCCGCCUACUUCAACGACGCCCAGCGACAGGCCACCAAAGAUGCUGGGACCAUCGCCGGACUCAACGUCAUGAGGAUCAUCAACGAACCGACGGCAGCAGCUAUUGCGUACGGACUCGACAAGAAGGAGGGAGAGAAAAACAUUAUGGUCUUCGAUCUCGGUGGAGGAACAUUUGACGUGUCUCUCCUCACUAUCGACAAUGGAGUCUUUGAAGUCGUGGCAACUAAUGGAGACACUCAUCUUGGCGGUGAGGACUUUGACCAGAGAGUGAUGGAGCACUUCAUCAAGCUGUACAAGAAGAAGACGGGGAAGGACAUCCGUGGAGACAACCGAGCCGUCCAGAAGCUGCGACGAGAGGUGGAGAAGGCCAAGCGAGCUCUCAGCUCCCAGCACCAGACUAGGAUCGAGAUAGAGUCAUUCUACGACGGGGAAGACUUCUCAGAGACUCUGACCAGGGCCAGAUUCGAGGAACUGAACAUGGACCUGUUCCGCUCGACAAUGAAACCGGUUCAACAGGUUAUGGAGGACGCCGACCUAAAGUACAGCGAGAUUGACGAGAUUGUUCUGGUGGGCGGGUCCACUCGAAUCCCAAAGGUCCAGCAGCUGGUGAAAGACCAGUUCAACGGGAAGGAGCCGAGUCGAGGGAUCAACCCUGACGAGGCCGUGGCUUACGGAGCGGCCGUGCAGGCAGGGAUUCUGAGCGGGGAGGAAGAGACGAUGGGACUUCUUCUGCUCGAUGUUAACCCUCUCACCCUCGGCAUCGAGACAGUGGGCGGAGUCAUGACCAAGUUGAUCCCGCGAAACACAGUCAUCCCGACAAAGAAGGCCCAGAUUUUCUCCACUGCCGCAGACAACCAGCCAACAGUGACGAUACAGGUGUACGAGGGAGAGAGACCGAUGACAAAGGACAACCACCUCCUCGGGAAAUUCGACCUCCAGGGGAUUCCACCUGCACCCCGUGGAAUACCCCAGAUCGAGGUCACGUUCCAGAUUGACGAGAACGGGAUCCUUACCGUGAUGGCAGAGGACAAGGGUAGCGGGAAUCAGAACUCCAUCACAAUCACCAACGACCAGAACCGACUCACGCCCGAGGACAUCGACCGCAUGAUCAACGACGCGGAGAGGUUCGCAGAGGAAGACAAGAUGGUUCGGGAGAGAGUGGAUGCCAAGAACGAACUGGAGAGCUAUACUUACUCUCUCAAGACCCAAGUCAACGAUGAGGAGAAACUGGGCAGCAAGCUCUCGGAGGAAGAGAAGCAGAGCAUAUUGACGGUAGUGGAUGAAGCCAUUGAAUGGUUGGACUCUAACCCUGAGGCCGAGACGGAAGAGUACCAAGCAAAGAAGAAGGAGGUGGAGGAUGUGGCAGGUCCCAUCAUCAGCAGAUUGUACCAGCAGGCAGGCGGAGCCCCGCCCCCUCCCGAGGGUGGGGAAGAGUACGAUAAAGACGAACUGUAGGUCACUAUAGCAAUUAUCAUAGGGUGUAACUUAUCAGUCAUGAUACGCGCGUGAUGUCUUCACCAGUUCUUUGUUUGUGUAUACUUUUAUGCCGCUCUCUUCCUCCCUCAUGAUCCGAAGUUCUUACACUUCCGAAGUUA